GCAUUCACCCCUCGUGCAGUGGACUCCCCCACCUCCCCCUCCUACCAUCUGUUUGUUUUCUUUUUUGGCUUUCGGUAGAAGCUUUUAUUUAGACAAAUCAGCGUGAAUUUCUCGAGAAGUUCGUGAUCAAACUCAACCCCAGCCGUCCGAUUUACCAAUUCUUUUUCUCCACAAGAAACCCAUCUCACUCCUUUUCUGCCUCCUUCCAGUUCGUUGCCUCUCUGAAUCUGUGUUGUUAGCUUUUCCCUCUCCAGAAUUGGCAGCCAAGCUUUUCCGGCCAAAUUCUUGGUCGGAGGCAUAAGGCCUGGGGAGGGGAGGGGAGGGUGAGCUGAACUUUGGUGUUGGUAGGUAGAUGCUCUAAAUGGGUUGCUUUAGUUCUAAGGCAAGGCGGCAGUUUCCUGGACACGAGGAUCCAGUGAGUCUUGCUUCGCAAACAGCUUUUACUGUUAGUGAAGUUGAAGCACUCUUUGAGUUAUAUAAGAGUAUCAGCAGUUCUGUGAUUGAUGAUGGGUUGAUAAACAAGGAAGAAUUUCAGCUAGCCAUUUUCAAGAAUAGAAAGAAAGAAAAUCUCUUCACAAAUCGGAUAUUUGAUCUAUUUGAUGUUAAACGGAAGGGUGUGAUUGACUUCACUGACUUUGUGAGAUCACUCAAUGUCUUUCAUCCCAAUGCCUCGCUAGAAGACAAAAUUGACUUUUCAUUCAAGCUUUAUGAUUUGGAUAGCACGGGCUUUAUUGAGCGCCAAGAGGUCAAACAAAUGUUGAUUGCACUUCUUUGUGAAUCUGAAAUGAAGCUGGCUGAUGAGACCAUUGAGAUAAUUCUUGAUAAGACUUUCUUGGAAGCUGAUGUCAAUCAAGAUGGGAAGAUAGACAAGUAUGAAUGGAACAAUUUUGUCUCAAAGAAUCCAUCAUUACUAAAGAUAAUGACUCUCCCCUAUCUUCGGGAUAUUACUACCACAUUUCCAAGUUUUGUAUUUAAUUCUGAGGUUGAUGAGAUUGCGACAUGAGAAGCAAUAGCUUAGAAAGGUUAUGCAUUAGUGUUUAAUUUAGUUCCUUGUAGUUUUUAUAUUAACUAUAUCAACUAGCUCUCAAAGAAAGUCACCUCAAGAAAAAAAAACAAAAAAGAAACUGAAUGAAAUCGGAAUAUAUUGAUGGAAGGGGAGAGAGCUGCUAUCUGCGUUUGGGUACAAAGAAAGUCACCUCAGUAGUAGUUUCUUUUUGGUUUGAUUGUAAAGCACCUUCCAUGUAAUGGAUUUUUUUUGGCCAUUUUUUAUUUUGGCCGUUUUGUA